CUACAGUCUCCCCUACUCUAUCGCUCCUACAGUAGGUAAAUAUUUGUGUUUGCUCAGCCGGCUGUAAUGGUGGACGACUGAACGGGGAACGAGAGAAGUAAAACCUCAAAAACUGAAUCACGAACCAAACACUACACCCCACGGCUCGCAAAUAAGCUCCGGCAAAUAUGGAUGAACUUAAACAUCAAGUCAUGAUAAACCAGUUCGUCCUGACAGCUGGAUGCGCAGCCGAUCAGGCGAAACAACUAUUGCAAGCGGCACAUUGGCAAUUCGAGACGGCGCUCAGUGCCUUCUUUCAAGAGACUAAUAUUCCAUACGGCCACCACCAUCAAAUGAUGUGCACACCGGCCAACACACCAGCCACGCCACCCAACUUCCCUGACGCUCUCACCAUGUUCUCCCGCCUAAAGGCCUCGGAAAGCUUCAGCAGCAGCGGCAGCCCCGGCAUGGGCUCCAUGGGCUCCAUGGGCUCCAUGGCCACUUCCCCCCCGCCGCUGCCCCCCAUGGGCUGGGGGAUCACCCCGCCAGUGCCUGGCCAGCAGGGCCUAUGGACUCAGGGCCCGCCCCCGCCCACGCAGGCCCACGCGCACCCCCUGCACCCUCACCAACCGCACCAACCCCACGGCUGGCCGUCGGCGGUCAACCAGCAAGCAGCCGCAGAGCAGAAGGCCAGCGUCGCCAUGGAGGCCGAGAGAUGAGCGGCCGGACUGUGUCUAGGAUGUUGACCCCCCCGCCCCCCCCCCCCACCUGACGCUCCCCUCUCUGUUUUUACUCCUGCAUAGCCCUGGGAGGGGAGGGGUGGGGAAAUACAAGGGGUGGGGGGGCACUCUGCCCUCUCAUUGGCUAUGGGCAGAGGGGCGGGGGCACUCUGCUUUCUCAUUGGCUAUGGGUAGAGGAAGGAGCUACACAACUAAGAGAAAACAACACCAAGCAACACAGACAAUUUAAAGAAGGGGAGAGGAAAACAAUGCAAGGUUGAUGAAAUAAUAAUAAUAAUAAUGAUAAUAAUAAAUAAAUACAUUUAAAAAACGCACAUCAUAUUACCGAAUAAGAAAGCAAGUGAAAAAAUGCUCUUAGUUUUUUGUUCAUUUUAAAGAAAGCAUAGUUUUAAAAAUAUAUAUAUAUAUGGAACUAAACUCGUCAUGCCCAAGGAUUUCUGAUACUCUCUAAAAUAUGGACAACUAUAAGGCAGCACCUGUUUCCGCUUUUUUCUUCUGUCAUCUGGUGUCUUAUAUGUGUGAGAGACCUGUCAACAGUUUGCGUUGCAUGAAGAAUUGGAAUCCGUCAUAUUAGUCUUUUUGAUUUAGUAUUUUUUUUUUAAAUACAUACAUGUGAACAGUGUGCAACAACCACAUAAAACACACACACACUCACAACAACAGACACAACUAGUGUUAGUAGAAGAAACCAGGAUUUUUUUUUUCUUGUCCCAUUGGAUGAUGGGAUUCUGGACUCCGCUUACCUCGCUGGUCACCUGACUUUCUUCAACCAAUCAGGGAAUCUCAAUUGUUCGUAACAAUGGACAUUUUUUUAAUUACACCAGAUACAUUUUAUUCAGACAUCAUUGGUACACAUCUUCAUAGUAACAUCUCUGGAUUUUACGUUGGGCAAAGACACACAGAGUUGGACAGCAAACACCCCAUCCCUGAAUAGAUUUAAAGAUUUGGGUAUUUUGUGGGGAAAGUCGGGUCUUGUUAGUGUUUUGUUUUAAGGUUUUCAUGAAGACUGGGACAGCUGUUGGAUAGUAAGACGGGUGUUAAGACUGUUUUGAAAAAACAACUGAGGCCGCUACGUUUUUAAACAUUUUUUUUUAAACAGAAAAAAAUAAAGCUACACAAAACCUGACUACUAUAAUAAGAAAUGUUUGUAAGCAGACUUGCCACUUUGCAUGACGUACGCAAAUGCAUACCUACCAUCUUUUGUAGUUUGUCGCUUUUUUGGGGAAUUCUACAUGACCUGUAUAUUUUAUUCCUUUUAAAUUCAAGUCCAAGAUCAAUUUCUUUUUUGUCUCACCCUCACAAAUGCUGAGCCAUCAGUGUAGAGAGGAGGAGAGAAUGACAUCCAUUAACUCUCAAGUUCAGGGUAGGACUCAUCUCUUUUAUAGGGUCUGUUUAUUUGAAAAGGACAAAAGCAGAAAAAAUUAAUGUUUUUAUCGUUGGUCAACCUUUUCUGUAAAGAUGAGAACUACAAAUCAUUUACAUGGUGAUACGUACUUUAACCCAUCAUAAAAUUUGACUUCAGAUAAUUCUUUUCUUUUGUGGUUUACUUUCCAUUUUGCACAGUUUUUUAAUCAAGAUGUUUCGGGAUCACCUAUUUCUAAACCUUUUUUUCAUGUAUGUUUUCCCCCUGUAUGACUGUAUUGAUACCAUUCCCACAAUAUUUGUGGACUACCUGAUAAUUAAGUUAUCAUUGUUUGUGUUCCUAAAUAAAUAUUGUAUGUUCUAA